AUGGGCGGGCACUUGCUGCUGCCCAGUCUGCUCCUGUCCCUUCCUCUGACUAGAGGCUGGACUGUAUCCAACUGCCUAGUGACUGAAGGCUCCCAGCUGCCCCUGUUCUCUCGCUUCUUCCUGGUCUGCCCUUUGGACUCCAGCCUGCCCUUCCUUGCUGCAUGCAACUUGGUGACCAACCUGACACAGGCCUUGGAAGUUGUGCCUCAGAGUGUGGAGGGACUCUGUCUCUCUGGCUCCAUUUCUGUUCUGCCUCGGGAUGCCUUCUCCAGCUUCCCUGGGCUCAAGGUCCUGGGGCUGAGUCUGCAUCUCACCCAGCUCCUGCCAGGAGCUCUCCGGGGCUUGGGCCAGCUGCAGAAGCUGUCUUUCAUAACUCGUCCCAAGGGAGGAUUGCUCUUCAUACCCUCUGAUGCCUUUGAUGACCUGAGAUCCCUCCAGCACCUUGCUUUCUUGGGCCCCUGCCUGGACAGGAACUUGAGUGUCCGGUUGCCUCCCAGUGUACGACAGCUGGCUGUCAAGUACAGCUGUCUUCAGAAUGUGGGGGUGCUGGCUGACAUAUUUCCAGACCUGGUGCGUGGCCCCUCCUCUGGGGAUGUCUGGACCCUGGACACGUUGGAUCUGUCACACAACAGUUUGCUAAAAAUGGCCAGUCCUGGCACCCUCCAUGGCCUUGAGGUGGGGACUCUGCAUCUGGACCACACAAAGAUGGAGGCAGCUGCAGUGGUGGGACUGGGGCUGCAGAGGCUGGACGAACUAUCUGUGACAUACACUGACACGGCCGAGCUGCCAGCUGAGGCAAUUGCCCACUUUGAGCUGCAGAAACUGAAUUUGGGAUCGAAACAAAUAAGGCCCAUAGCUCCAGAAGCCCUGGCUUCCUGCCACAGCCUGAAGAGCUUGGGUCUUCAGAGGAGUGGCCUGACUGAACUGCCACCAGGUUUCCUGGCUGCCAUGCCCAGGCUCCAGAGACUGAACCUGGCCAACAACCAACUGCGGAGUGCCAUGCUGUGCAUGAAUGAGUCAGGGGCUGUGUCAGGACUGAGGGCCCUGGGUCUGUCCAACAAUAAGCUGCACACCCUGUCCCCAGCCACCUUCUCUUGUUUGCCCCACCUGCAGGAGCUGUUACUUCAGGGAAACCAGCUGGUUUGCCUGGAAGGCCAGGUAUUCCAGGGCCUAUGGAGGCUAGAGACCUUGAACAUGGACAGCAAUCCACUGGGAGCCCUGAGUGAGGGCUGGUUGGCUCCUCUGCCUGCACUGACCACCCUAAACCUGCUAGACACCCAUAUGGUACUGAGCCCAUCUUGGGACUUCCAGGGCCUAGAGAGUCUGCGCAACUUGAGACUGCAGUUCCCCUCUGGCCCUUCUGGGGUAACACUGUCCCUGCCCACAAGGUUGACAAGCUUGGAACUUCACGCAGUCUCAGGCAUGAAGCCUUGGAAGCUAUUUCCAAACGCCUUUCCACUCUUGCAGACCCUGACUUUAAAAGGCUGGGGACUGCAGCUGGAGGCUGGGAAUAUCUCUGAGAUCUUCCCUGCCCUUGGUCAACUCUCCCUGCUUGGCAGUAGCUUGGAGGCCCUCUGCUCCCAGGACACCUCCAGCUUCUUCCUCUGGCAGCUCCCCAGGCUCAGGUCCUUGAGUGUAAGUGGGGACGGGCACAGUCCCAGGCCCUGCUGCAUCACUGGGCUGCCCAGCUUACGGGAGCUGAACCUGAAGGCUCUGCAGUCCCGAGCUCGGCCCCGCCCAGUGAGGCUUGAGGAGCUGGUGGGUGAGCUGCCGAGCCUCGAGGUGCUGCACCUGUCCCAAACGGGGUUGGAGACACUGUCCGCUGCUGCUUUCCAGGGCCUAGGAAAUCUCCAGGUCUUAGUGUUAGACUGGGAGAAAGGCCUCGUGCUUGAUGAUAGCCUGCAGGAGCACAGUCCCCAGAUGCCCCAGUACUUGUAUAUUCUGACUUCAUCCUUGGCCUGCCAGUGUGCUAAUGCCUGGGUAGGGCCCUGGCUUGAGCGGUCCCCCAGAACAUACAUACACAUAGUAUCACGGCAGUUGUGCCAGCCAGAAGCUGGGGGCGGGUCCAAGAGUCCCCUUUUCCCCUUUCUCUGGAGCCACUGCCCCAAGACUUUGGGGUUGGAACUCUUUUUGGGCAGCUCUACCCUCUUGUUUCUUCUGGUCUGCUUGCCCCUCCUACAGGAAGCCAGGAACUCCUGGAUCCUCUAUCUCCAGGCUUUGUUCAGAGCUUGGCUCCAGGGUCUGAGGGGUCAGAGGGGUCAGAGGGGUGAGGGCAAGAGGUUCCUCUAUGAUGUGUUUGUGUCCCACUGCAGACAAGACCAGGGCUGGGUGGUGCAGGAGCUGCUGCCCACUCUGGAAGGCUGCCCUCCAGCUGGCUGGGGGCUGCACCUCUGCCUCCCUGAGCGGGACUUUGAGCCAGGCAAGGAUAUAGCUGACAAUGUGGCAGAUAGCAUGGCAGCCAGCCGGGUCACACUCUGUGUGCUGAGUCACCAGGCCCUGCACACCCCCCGCUGCCGCCUGGAGCUCCGCCUGGCCACUUCCCUUCUGCUGGCUGCCCCUCAUCCCCCAGUGCUGCUGCUGGUCUUCCUAGAGCGCAUCUCCCGCCACCAGCUCCCCCGCUACCACAGACUGGCCUGGCUGCUCCGCCGAGGAGACUAUUGCAUGUGGCCCCAGGAAGAUGAAAGAAAGGACAACUUCUGGGCUUGGCUGGGGAGCAGGCUGGGGCAACCUAGGUUGGGGGAGGGCCCCGCCCCCACGCGUUGA